UCAACACUUGAAACUUUUCUCCUCUUCUCGUUCGUUUAAUUUCUAGGUGUACCGAAAGCUUUACUGUAAAAUCGGCCGAGAUAUCGAUCUUCGGUAUACCGUUAUGGUAUAAAAGUAAUACGCCGCGAACGGUAAUUUCGCCAACAGUUCAACCGGGCGAAUGCUGGUCAUUCCAGGGCUUUCCCGGCUAUCUCGUGCUGAAAUUGAACAACAAUGUCUAUGUGACUGGUUUCACCAUGGAACACAUACCAAAAAGUCUGGCGCCUAAUGGACGUAUCGAUUCAGCGCCGAAAUUAUUCACCGUUUGGGGUUUGGAGACGGUGAACGAUGGUGAGCCGCAUCAGUUUGGAGAAUAUGAGUACUUAGAGAAUGGCACGAGUUUACAGUAUUUCCCAGUGCGUAACUACGAUGCACAGAAUCCUCGAUCUCACAAUCUCGUGGAAUUGCGCAUCGAAUCGAAUCAUGGCAACACCAACUACACGUGUCUAUACCGAUUUCGUGUGCAUGGCACACUCACGCCGUCGCUAAGCUAAUUUACGCAAAGAGGAAAACAAUGCGUACGUCGCUGUCACAAGUGUAUUCUUUCCUGUGAGCAUUUCUCUUCCCGGAAUAGCACGCGCGUUAGACAUGUGUGUCUCUGUACAAAAACUAUUUAAAAACUUUCUGUGUAUAGUUUUCAUUUGUGUUAUAUUUAACUUAAACUGAGGAAGAAUGGGACAGAAAGAACCGGUACGGUUCGAUUGAACUACCUACACUGCAUACAUUUUUCGUAUGCAAUUUAAUUUGCGCGCGCGCGCCUACGCACACGCGUUUAUAUUGACUAAAAUUUGCUUACCUCGUAAUUAUCGGUUUUAUUUGGUAAAGUUUUCUUUUGUUUUAGUUCGGUUUAAGAUUGUUUAUUGCUCUCGCUCGCUCGCUAGCACGCUUUCGAUUGUCACAAAGUCAAGCAUGUUGCGAAAUGUGCCCCUCGCUCCUCAUUUUUAAAUAAAAUGUUUGUAUGUUCGGCAUGCAGCUGCAGAGAACUUAUGCCGAUUCCAUAUCACAUCGCAUCAUAUGAAUCACACCGAGUAAUCAUUGUAUAAAUAGAUUUAGUAAGAUUGAGUUUUCAUUGCAUAAGUCACAGGUGCAUAAUUAGUUCAAAUGUUCAAAAACCAAUUAAAUCGUUUUUUUUUUACUUUCUUUCUUCUUUCUUUUCUCUAUUUCUC